UGAUAAUGAAAAAUCGGCUGACAUUCUCACAAGUGUAUUAGAAUCGAACACCAUGUACCGGCAACUUUUGACGGUCGGCGUGAAGAGAACAGCGGUCAAGUGGUCAUUUGUGAGACUGUCCAGCAAUGGAGUCAAAGGGCUUUUACCAGUUCACGAUGAAUUCAUUUCCAGGCAUAUUGGACCCAGAGAAGCGGAACAGAAAAUUAUGUUGGGAGAAUUAGGAUUCAAGAGCAUUGAUGAGCUCAUAAACAAGACCGUCCCGGCAAACAUUCGACUCAAUCGGCUUAUGGAUAUCAGCGCUCCAAAAGGUGAACACGAGUUGCUGAAUUAUCUUCGGAAAGUAGCAGAUCGGAAUGAAGUUUGGCGCUCCUUCAUAGGUAUGGGCUACUACAACUGUCUGGUACCUCAUUGUAUUCUCAGGAAUAUCUUCGAGAAUCCAGGAUGGACCACGCAGUACACUCCAUACCAGGCUGAAAUAGCCCAGGGAAGAUUAGAAAGUCUCCUAAAUUAUCAGACAAUGGUAGCGGAUAUCACAGGACUGGACAUCGCCAAUGCCUCGCUUUUGGACGAAGGAACAGCAGCGGCUGAGGCUAUGUCUCUCAGCAUCAGAUAUGUAAGACGAAAGAAAUUUUACUGCUCUGAUAAAGUCCACCCUCAGACGAUAGCUGUCGUUAAGACUAGAGCCAGUGCCAUGGGAGUGCGCAUAAUCGUGACGGACUUCAAGGACGUUGAUUUAUCCAAAAAGGACCAUUCUGGUGUUCUAUUCCAGUACCCAGACACCGAAGGAAAGAUCGAGGACUUCACUGAACUCGUUGAACAGUGUCACAAGGGAGGGGGAAUAGCAGUGUGCGCAACCGAUCUACUUGCCUUGACAGUUCUGAAAGCUCCUGGUGAAUUCGGGGUGGAUGUUGCAAUCGGGACGAGUCAGAGGUUUGGGGUGCACCUAAACUAUGGUGGGCCACACGCUGGAUUCUUUGCUGUCAAGAAUAAAUUUAUUCGCUUGGUGCCUGGGAGAAUGGUAGGAGUCACAAAAGAUGCUGCUGGAAACAUGGCUUAUCGUUUGGCUCUUCAAACUCGAGAACAGCACAUCCGGAGAGACAAGGCUACCAGCAACAUUUGCACAGCACAGGCACUUUUGGCUAACAUUUCUGCUAUGUAUGCCGUAUACCAUGGAGCUGAAGGACUCACCAAUAUAGCAACGAAAGUAAAUAACGCAACCCGCCUUUUGGCCGCUGGUGUGACGCAAGGUGGAAGCAAGUUGCAGCACGGCAAAUUUUUCGAUACUCUCAAGAUCAAACCUAAGUCAGGAGUGAAAAUGGUCAAGAAGAGAGCUGAAGAGAAAAAGAUUAAUUUAAGAUAUUUCGAUGACGACACGGUUGGUGUAUCUCUAGAUGAAACUAUAGAACGAAAAGACUUAAGCGAUUUACUCUUCAUUUUUGAGUGUCCUACAACAGUGGAAGAACUGGCAGAAUCCUUUGAUGCCUCUAGCAAUGCAUUCUUUUAUGGAGACAAAUUCAAAAGAAAUCUAGAAUUGUUGACACAUCCAGUCUUUAACAGCUACCGAUCUGAAGCAAGAUUGGUGCGGUACAUGAAAGCUCUGGAAAAUAAAGAUAUCUCAUUGGUCCACUCUAUGAUUCCUCUGGGUUCUUGUACAAUGAAACUCAACAGUACAACAGAGAUGAUGCCAUGCUCUUGGCCUAAAUUGGUGAACCUACAUCCUUUUGUCCCCGUUGAACAAGCUCAGGGAUACCAGAGACUUUUCAAAGAACUCGAGAGGGAUUUGUGCGAAAUUACGGGCUACGAUAGCAUAUCGUUCCAACCAAACAGUGGAGCACAAGGAGAAUAUGCCGGACUCAUGACCAUAAUGUCCUAUCUCAAAGCCACAGGACAAGAAAAAAGAAAUGUAUGUCUCAUCCCUGUGUCUGCUCAUGGAACUAAUCCCGCCAGCGCCCAGAUGGCUGGCAUGCAGGUUCAGGCUAUCAAUAUUUUGCCUUCAGGAGAUAUUGACAUGGACCAUCUAAAGCAAAUGUUAGAGAAAUACAAGGACACAGUCGGAUGCAUGAUGAUCACGUAUCCAUCUACGAAUGGCAUAUUUGAGGAAAGCAUCAGAGAGAUGUGUGAAUUGGUGCAUUCUUAUGGUGGGCAGAUUUAUUUGGAUGGCGCCAACAUGAACGCACAAGUCGGACUAUGUCGCCCAGGCGAUUACGGGUCGGACGUCUCCCACAUCAAUCUCCACAAAACAUUCUGUAUACCUCAUGGAGGAGGAGGACCCGGUAUGGGACCCAUAGGAGUGAAGGCCCACUUAGCUCCAUUUUUGCCUUCUCAUCCCAUCAUUAACCCUUUGGAAGGAUCGACAUCAAAAUCUUUCGGAGUAGUCAGUGCUGCUCCGUGGGGAUCGUCGGCCAUUUUACCCAUUUCCUGGGCUUAUAUCAAAAUGAUGGGUCCUCGAGGACUCAAAAAGGCCACGGAGGUUGCCAUCCUGAAUGCCAAUUACAUGUGCAAUAAACUGAAGGAUCACUACAGCAUACUGUUCUACGGAAAAGGAGGAACUGUGGCUCAUGAAUUUAUCAUCGAUGUGAGAGAUUUAAAAAAGACAGCCAAUAUUGAAGCCAUGGACAUCGCCAAGAGACUUCAAGAUUAUGGCUUCCAUGCACCCACAGUGUCUUGGCCGGUAGCUGGAUCCCUCAUGAUAGAACCCACCGAAUCGGAAGACAAAGAUGAAUUAGACAGGUUUUGCCAAGCCAUGAUUAAUAUCCGUCAAGAAAUUGCUGACAUUGAGAAAGGAAUCUCUGAUCCUGAAAUAAAUGUGCUCAGAAUGGCGCCCCAUACUCAGAGAGUCGUCUGUUCUUCCGAUUGGGACAGGCCGUACUCGAGAGAGAAAGCAGCUUUCCCUGCGGAUUUUGUGAGACCAGAAACAAAAUUAUGGCCAAAUGUAGGAAGAAUCGAUGACGCCUAUGGCGAUACAAACCUCGUAUGCACGUGCCCGCCAGUUUCAGCUUACAUGAACUAACUCAUAAAAGCACAUGCAACUAAUGCUUCAUCUAUGCCUUAUUCCAUAAUUAUUCAUCUUUCAUUUUUUUUAAAAAUAAACUUGUUGUAUCAAA